AACCGACGCUCAAAUUAAUACAUAUAUAUGUAUUUUUUUUUUUUUUUUUUUUUUUUUUACACGAGUGAAGGAAUUUGAAUCAAGGACUACUAAUUUAUUGAUUAUUUUCACUCUUCCUACAGAUACACUGGACACUAUGCUGCGCAAUUGUGGCGCUCCUGCGCUUCCUGGUCGGAGAGAUUCGCGUAUUGAAUGGAAGAAUCGGACUGUCUAUUAGAACCGAUCAGAACUAUGCUCCUCUUGAAGCCCCAUAGAGACGACAGAGCGAAGGCGUUAGUUUGCGGGGUUUUGUUCUUAACCAUUAUCGAGACGAGAACGCAUUAAUUGUCUGUUCUACACGACAGCGAAACUGUUGCGCAAUGGAGUUGUCAUGGUGGCGAGUUCAGCUGUUACUACUGGCCAGCGUGUGUGUGUUUUCACUGGAACGUGUUCCACACAACUCACAAAACAACAUCUGCUGUCCUCGGGGUCUUUCAAACUGCACGAUGAAAAAUGCAGACUCUCUCAGAGCACACGAUGUGGACUGUGGCCCUGUGCAUGUGUGUUCUCUGGCGGUAAGGCCUAAAUUGUGCUGUGACGAAGACGAAUGCAAACUGUGUUUGUGGAUCAACAUCCAGCUGCAUAUUAUCCCUGAUCCUGAGUGUGGAGAGUCGGGAGAUGAAGAUGAGAGCAGUAGGGACAGUGAUUCAGAAUGUGUUUACCCCCCAGAUGACACAUCUGAAAAUCAAGGGAAGGAAUACCCUCCAUGUGAAGAUCAGCGGUGUCAUCAAAACAGAGCAGCUGCUAUUACAAUAUGCUACACAUCAGCAGAAAGAGUGCCCUCAUGGUGCAAGAGAUUAGACUUCACAGUGACUUCUGCGACAAGUUACAAACCACUCAAUCUGACUCUGGUGGAGUAUGAAGAUGUUGAAUUCGGAAGAAAAAUGAUGAUCACUGUUGGAUCUUUCUCUAAGUCAGCUGAAGUCGAAGUCCCUACAUUACGAACAGUGUGUUCCUCGCGACUAAACAAGGAAAUGAAAGAGUGUAAAGGUCCCAGAGUUGACAUUGAUAUUGACCAAGAGCAGGGCAUGGUUAAGCUGCAGUUAGCCAAUGAGGAUGAACCACUGCACCUGUGUGUGAAACGUGGAAGAGAAGGCAAAUGCUGGUCGAAUUUCCUUGUUAACAACACCAUUCCACUGAAGACAGUCACACACUGCAUGUGUUUUCAGGCUUGGAAAGAAAGAUCACCUCGUUCAGAAUACUGUCCCUUUAAAGAAAAUGCAGAAUUCAGACAAAAUGUCCUGGACAACAUGUCAGUGUCCGUGGCCCACACCAAGACAUAUAAUGGUCAGCCAGUGCUUAGCUGGAAUUUAACAACGCCCUGCAGACUCAAAGCUGAGCUAUGGCCAUGUCAGGUGGAGGCAGAUGGACAAUGCAGAGAGGUGGAUGGAUUCAGACAGCAGUGCUGUAAUAAAACAAAUUGGGAAGAAAAUAUCACAGCUCUAUGGGCAUCCGGGAAAUUUGUGAAUAUCACUUCACGGAAUCACCAGCAACUCUGUGUGAUGCUUCAAGUGGAUGGAAAGAUUCCGCACUACUACUGCCAACAUCCCUUGGAAUGGCAGUUCUGGAGCCUUCUCCUUUUUCUGCCGCUGGUCAUUGUUUUUCUGGCUAUUUUCGGAAUCCUUCUACUCGUGAACAAACUCAAAUGGUCGCUUAGUGAAUGGGACAGAACACAUCAUUCUAAAGAUACGAGGGGGCAGGUGCUGUUGCUGCAUUACUCUGCCGCCGACCCAUGGCAAACACGUUUGGUGUGCAAGCUGGGACAAUUGCUUUCUGAGCUGGGUUUCCAUUUGUCUCUUGACCUUUGGAACCAGGCAGAGCUCAGUUCUCUGGGCCCAACGCCAUGGCUCCAUUCCAAGCUCGGUCACAUCCAGAAACACGGAGGCAAAGCUCUUCUGAUGCUUUCUCCAUCAACACUACAGCGAGCCGAAUUGUACUGGAACCACAGCAACCCUACCAUAUACUCCUCAGAUAUGCUAGGUGCUGCCCUAGACUGCAUUUUAGCUGAUCGCCAGAAGGGUAGCGUUGCACAGCGCUUCGUUCUCGUGCAGUUAGAACAUCUGAUCAAUGAAGAGUAUAACAUGCCAAAGUUGUUCAAGGGCCUGCCACUCUAUAAACUCCCCUCACAGAGUCAGGGAUUACUUACAGAGCUGUGUUUGGAAAGUCCGAACAGUGUGAGUGGAAAGUUGAAAAAGAUGUGGUGGAUGAAGAGGGCACGGAGGAAGUUGGCUCAAGGAAUACAGAACGUUUGUAAGGGGAAGAGGGCGAGGCCUGAAUUGAUGCUUAUACAGAUAGAUUCACUCAGCCAAGACACAGAAGACAUGGAGGAGAUGUUUUUUUUAAAAACUGAACAGUUAUAGAGCACUAACAUGUCAUCAUGAGUGAGUGGGUAGUUCUUGGCCAGAACUGGUCACAACUAUGACCCUAAGACCCUGAAUCACAACUAUGUGCAGACUGUACUAUCCAAAAAGUACCAAAUAGUAACAUGUCUUGUCUUUUUUUGUUGUUGUUGUUGUUGUUUUGACAGUACAUGAUAAUACCAUGUUUUUUUUUUUUUUUUUUUUUUUGGACAUGUACUAUAGUAGUACUAUGGUGGUGGUAUUGUUUUAAAGUACCUUGGAGUACCAUGUUAAUGUCAUGGUACUUGAAUAUGGAAAUAUUGUACAGUACCAUUAUAGUAUUACCUGACAUGAUAUAUACCUGGCUCAAAUCAGAGUGGAGUGGCUGUUAAGAAGGAAGUCUGCAUAUUUUUCUGAAGUACGAAGGAAAAAAGGUGACAUUUUACACCAAAGUAUGACUACAGGAAAUAACAAUCACAAUACAGUGUUAGAAUUGUUCUUAUCAUGGACCUUAAACCUCUCAUUAAGAUUUUUUAUAGUUACAGUUAGUUGGAUAGUUUUUUUUUUCUUUUUUUUUUUUUUUACCUAUUAUUUUUUAACCUAGAUUUCGCCAUGAAAACUGCCAUAGAAGGUGGCAUGGCAUUAAAUUAAAUAAAAACUACAGUGCAAGUUCCAUGGAACAUCAAUAUGUGUAAAGACAUGUAAAUACUAAUGGGUGUUUGGGAAAAAGUUAUUUUUUACUUCACCUUUUCAUUUUAGUUUGUAAUUUUGUUGUAAAUAAUUCACUGACUUUUGGCAAAUGUAUUCUGACUUUAGGCCUGCAUAUUAGUUUCUUAUUUACAUACUGUAUGACUUUCUAAAUUGAUUAAAUGUACAAUUUAUUUAAAAUGUUCUGGUUGUACUAAAAUAUACAGUUUAU